AUGGAACCAGGGAACCUCACAGGAGUGCCAGAUUUUCUUCUUCUGGGAAUUUCCGAGGAACCAGAACUUCAGCCUCUUAUAUUUGGACUUUUCGGGUCCAUGUACCUGGUCACCGUGCUGGGGAACCUGCUCAUCAUCCUGGCCAUCAGCUCAGACCCCCACCUCCACACGCCCAUGUACUUCUUCCUGUCCAACCUGUCCUUCGUGGACAUCUGCUUCACCUCCACCACCAUCCCCAAGAUGCUGGUGAACAUCCAGACGCACAGCAAGGCCAUCAGCUAUGGGAAAUGUAUCUCCCAGAUUUACUUUUCCACACAUUUUGCAGGCCUGGACAAUUUUCUCCUGACCGCGAUGGCCUAUGACCGCUUUGUGGCCAUCUGCCACCCCCUGCACUACUCGGUCAUCAUGAAUUGCUGGCUCUGUGGACUGUUGGUUGCGGUUUGCUGGGCUAUCAGUGCCCUGCAUUCUUUGUUAGAAAUUUUAAUGGCAUUGCAACUGUCCUUCUGUGCAAACUUAGAGAUCCCCCACUUUUUCUGUGAACUCAAUCUAGUUGUUCAACUUGCUUGCUCUGACACCUUUCUGAAUAACUUGGUAAUGUAUGUUGUGACUGUGGUUUUGGGAGGGGGUCCCUUGGCUGCUAUCUUUUACUCUUACACUAAGAUAGUUUCUUCUGUACGUAAACUCUCCUCCGCUCGGGGGAAGUAUAAAGCAUUUUCCACGUGUACAUCUCACCUCUCCGUGGUCUCCAUGUUUUAUUGCUCAGCCAUCAGCGUGUACCUGAGCUCUGCUGUCCCCCACAGUUCACACUCUAUUGUCAUCGCCUCAGUGAUGUACACAGUGGUCACCCCCAUGCUGAACCCCUUCAUCUACAGUCUCCGGAACAAAGACAUAGAGAGGGCUAUAAAAAUUCUUUUAGGGAAAGUCACAGCAAGAGGAUGA